AAGCUCUUAAAACUGUCCUCCCACAAACCUCCAACGAAGAUAUUGGAAAGUAUGAUGAACAGCUUAAUAAAGUAGACAAUUUUGAUCCUGUUCUUAUCAUUUCACCGAAUUGCAAUUGGAUAGCUCAAAAUACGUAUCAAAAAUUAUCAAACGAACCGAUUGGUACUGCUUGGAUACUUACUAAAGUAGAAGUACGCAAAAGUGAUUUUGGUGAAGAUAAUAGAAUUAUAUUUAAUGAAUCAGAUGAUUUGUUAUCACAAUUAUCAAAAUCUAAAGUUCGAAAAAUAAAAGCCUCGAAAGGCACAUCUUGA